AUGGGAGGCAAGAAAGCCGCCGGCGAGAACUCCAAGAAGGCUGCGGGUAAUGCUCGUAAAGCCGAAGCAGCCGCCAACAAAAAGGCCGCCGAGGACGCCAAGCGCGCCGCCGAGGAGGACGCUAAGUGGUCCAAGGGCGCGAAGGGUGGUAGCAAGCGCGACGACGCUGAAGCCAAAAAAGCCGAAGCCGCGCGCAAGAAGGCCGAACGCGACGCCCUCCUCGCCGCCGAAGAAGCCUCCCAGCCCAGCAAACCCAAGAACAACAAAGCCGCAGCGAAGAAGAACGCGGGACCCAGCCGAGGCACAUUGGAUUUGUCGCAGCUCGACGAUACACCAGGGAGCAAGAAGGCUUCUGCGCUCAAUGCCUCCGGUAUCGACAAUGCGCUCGACGCACUGUCACUUACGGGUAAGGAUAGCGGCAAGAUCGAUCGGCAUCCCGAGAGACGGUUCAAGGCGGCGUAUGCGGCAUUUGAGGAGAGACGGUUACCUGAGAUUGAGGCUGAGAAUCCUGGACUGAGACGUAACCAGCGCAUUGAGAUCUGUAAGAAGGAGUUUGAGAAGAGUGAGGAGAAUCCGUUCAACCAGGCGCAUGUGGCGUUUGAUGCUAGUCGGGAGGAGAUUGCGGCUGUGAAGGAGGCGGAGAGGAAGAAGGUUGAGGCGAGGUUGGCGAAAUAG